AUGGGUGACUACUUGACUCCAAGCGAGCUUCCACAUCCAAAGCUUAAAAGAACCAACACUGGUUUCACUCCAAACCAAAUUAUUGCGCUUGAUGCCGAAAUUCCAGAGGGUGCCAAAAAAGUUUGGAGUAAAUACACUCAAUUGGACUCCUUUACCAAGAAUAGUAAGACUCCUAAAGAUGAUAGUGGACAAGGUGGUGACCCUGCUCAAUUCGAGAAGAAUUUCGUCAAGCAUGUUGAAACUACGUUGGCUAGAAAUAUGUACAACUGCGACGAUUUGGCUGCUUAUCAGGCCUCUUCCAUCGCCAUUAGAGACGAAUUGAUCCUUGAGUGGGCCAAUACCCAGCAAAAACAAACUAUUCACGACGGUAAGAGAGUUUACUACUUGUCUUUGGAAUUCUUGAUGGGUAGAGCCUUGGACAAUGCCUUGAUCAACUUAAACAGUAGAAAAACUACCAGUACUGGAUUGGAAAAUUUAGGUUUUAAUUUGGAAGACGUUAUAGAGCAAGAGCCAGAUGCAGGUUUGGGUAAUGGUGGUUUAGGAAGAUUGGCAGCUUGUUUCGUCGACUCUCUUUCCUCCAAAAAUUACAGUGGUUGGGGUUACGGAUUGAACUAUCAGUAUGGUAUUUUCAAGCAAAAGAUUAUUGAUGGUUACCAAGUUGAAGCUCCAGAUUAUUGGUUAAAAUUCUCCAAUCCAUGGGAAAUUGUUAGAAGUGAAAUUCAAAUUCCAAUCGAUUUUGGUGGAUAUGUCUACGAAACUCAUGAUAUAAACACUGGAGCCCCAAGAAGAAUUUGGAAUGGUAGUGAAAGAGUCCUUGCUGUGGCUAUUGAUUUCCCAAUCCCUGGUUAUAAGACUUCAAACACCAACAAUUUGAGAUUGUGGACUUCUAAACCAACUACCGAAUUUGAUUUUACCAAGUUCAACUCUGGUGAUUAUCAGCAAUCUGUGGCACAACAACAAAAGGCCGAAGCUAUUACGUCAGUUUUGUAUCCUAAUGAUAAUUUUGAUUCUGGAAAGGCUUUGAGAUUAAAGCAACAAUACUUCUGGGUUUCUGCCUCAUUACAUGACAUUGUUCGUAGAUACAAAAAGAACCACCCAAAUAAUUGGGAGAAAUUCCCAGAUCAAAUUGCAAUUCAGUUAAACGAUACUCACCCAACUAUUGCCAUUGUUGAAUUACAGAGAAUUUUGGUUGAUUUAGAAAAUUUACCAUGGGAUAAAGCUUGGAGUAUUGUCACCAAGGUUUUCGCUUACACCAAUCAUACAGUUAUGGCUGAAGCUUUAGAAAAGUGGCCAGUUGACUUGAUUGGUAGAUUAUUACCAAGACACUUAGAGAUCAUUUAUGAUAUCAAUUUCUUUUUCUUAAAAGAAGUUGAAAGAAAUUUCCCUGAUUACCAAGGUUUAUUGAGCAGAGUAUCUAUUAUUGAAGAACUGCAACCUAAACAGGUUAGAAUGGCUUUCUUGGCUAUCGUUGGCUCCCACAAGGUUAACGGGGUUGCAGAAUUACAUUCUGAAUUGAUUAAAACAACGAUUUUCAAGGACUUUGUAACUGUUUUCGGAGAAGACAAGUUUACCAACGUUACAAAUGGUAUUACUCCAAGAAGAUGGUUAAGACAAGCCAAUCCGGAAUUAGCUAAGUUAAUCAGUGAAGCAUUGAAUGAUCCAAAUUACGAUUACUUGACUAACUUGGGUAACUUAAAAAAAUUGGAAGACUUUGUUGAUGAUGAGAAAUUCUUAAAGAAGUGGGACAUUGUUAAAUUUAACAACAAGAUUAGAUUAGCCAAUUUGAUUAAGGAAGAAACUGGAAUAGAAGUAGAUCCAAGUGUUAUGUUUGAUAUUCAAGUAAAGAGAAUUCAUGAAUAUAAGAGACAACAAUUGAAUAUCUUUGCAGUAAUCUACCGUUACUUACACAUUAAGGAAUUACUUAGUUCAGGUGUAUCAAUUGAAGAAAUUAAAUUGAAGCACUACAUUUCUAAGUUGUCCGUAUUCGGAGGUAAGGCAGCUCCAGGUUAUUACAUGGCCAAAACCAUUAUUCAUUUAAUUAAUAGCGUCUCUGAAGUGGUUAACAACGAUCCAGAAAUCGGUAAUUUGUUAAAGGUUGUCUUUAUUCCAGACUACAAUGUUUCCAAAGCCGAAAUUAUUUGUCCAGCCUCCGAUUUAUCUAACCAUAUUUCGACAGCUGGUACUGAAGCUUCAGGUACCUCUAACAUGAAGUUUGCCCUUAAUGGAGGUUUGAUUAUUGGUACGGUUGAUGGUGCUAAUGUUGAAAUCACCAGAGAAAUUGGUGAAGAAAACAUCUUCCUUUUCGGUAACUUAGCAGAAUCUGUCGAAGAAUUAAGACACAAGCACAUUUACCAAGGAGUGGAAAUUCCUGAAACUUUAAGUAAAGUAUUCCAAUCCAUUGAUAGUGGAAGAUUUGGUAACCCAGAUGAAUACAGAAGUUUAUUAGAUGGUAUCAGGAAUCACGGUGAUUACUAUUUGGUUGCUGAUGAUUUCGAAUUGUUUUUGGAAACCCACACCAAAUUGGAAAAUGUCUAUGGUCAUCAUGGAGGGGAUGUCACUGAUUCCACCCACUUACACAAUUGGGUGAAGAAGUCAGUCUUGAGUGUUGCCAACAUGGGAUUCUUCAGUUCAGAUAGAUGUAUUGACGAGUAUGCUGAAAACAUUUGGGAUGUUGAACCGCUCAGUCAAUAA